AUGAAAUAUAAACCCCGCAACUCCUCCACCUUGGCCAAUUGGCUUAGUCUCGUCGUCUCCGUCGUCCUGCUAAUACUUUCCCUGCAAUACAUUUCCCAUCUCAUACACGUCAACUCUCCACAAUUGGAUGAUAGAAAAAUAUUCAAAUCUUACCAUAACAACAAUAUCAACGGGUGGAUUAAACCAAACUUAUACAAAGUAGGUGACAAAGUUCAAAUCACCACCAACAAAGCCCUUCCGGACGACCCUGCUGUAUCUCAGCCUGCCUUGUGCUAUUAUGAUUUACCAUUCGUGUGUCCCCCUUCGGACACGAAAAGACCAAUCCACAAUUCUCUCACUGAAUUGUUUAACGGUGAUUAUCUAUCGGAAUCAGAUUACAUCUUGGAAUUCGCCAAAGAUGAACCUUGCCACAUCUUAUGUUCAAGGAAAACUUCUAAAAAGGGUAUGCAGAGAGCUUAUGAUCUGAUUAAAAACGAUUAUAUCGUUCAAUGGUAUGUCGACAAUGAUUUACCCGUCGGAACCACCUACAUUUCCAAUAAAGUCAACAAGAAACAAUAUUUGCCAGGGUUUUCACUAGGGUAUUUUGAUAACCAAACAGGACAAGCUUAUUUGAACACUCAUUUGAUGUUUGUGGUCAGAUACCACGCAGUCACGUCGGAUACUUUCACUAUUGUUGGAUUAGAAGUUUACCCACGUUCCAUUGUCGAUUACAACUGUCCCGGUGCUUCCAAAGAUUUCAUACCUUUGGAAGUCAAAGUCCCCGAAAAUAAUGAUGAUCCAACUUAUUUGCCUUUCUCCUACAGUGUUUAUUGGAGAGAAGAGUUCGAUUUGCCUUGGAAUCAAAGAUGGGAUCUAUUCAAAACCGCUGAUGAGUUGUUACGUGAAAAAGAUCUUAGUUUCCAUUGGUACUCCCUAAUCAAUUCCAACUCCAUUACCGUAGGUGUCAUUACUUUCUUAUGUCUCGUCAUUUCCAUGAAUAGAAUGAGAAUCCUCUACAACAAAUCCUGGAAAAAAAGACAACUCAGUAUCACCACUACCACAACCACUAGAUAUCCAAAUAUUUUCACCAUCUGUAUCACCAGUGGUAUUCAAUUCUUCUUCUUGUUAAUCUCUUCGGUACUAAUCACCUUCCAAAUCUCGAAAUUCCAUCAGAUUAAAGAUACCAUCAUCGUGGCCUUAUUCUUUAUUGCUUUUGGUAUAAUCGUUUCCGUCUUUAUCGGUACAUUAAUUCAACGUACGUUCAUCUUAACAAAUUUCCCUGACAAAUAUUAUUUGACAAAUCCAAUCCUCUUUGGUUCCACUUUACCGGCUUUCAUUCUUCUAUCUAUGUUUAUCAUCAAUUCCAUCAUUUAUCUCUCUGAAAAAAAUCAUGCUUUCCCCUUUAAACUAAGCAUGUAUUUUUUCACAAGUUAUUUCAUCCUUUCCAUCCCCUUAUCCAUUAUCUCGGGUGUCUUAUCCACCAGAUUCAUCUCAUUCCCCAAAUACCCUUCAAGAUCUCUUCCAACUUCUCCAAAUUUGAAUUUGGAUUUUGAAAAAACGUCUUCUACUUCUUCUUCUUCUUCAUUGUCCAAAUAUUCUAUGAAAUAUCGUGUUGCAAUGAUCCUCCUAUAUCUUUCACUCACAGGACUCAUUCCAUCCAUCAUCUUAUAUUUGGAAAUCUCUUUGAUUAUCAAUUCUGUUUGGAAUUUAAAUUCAAAUAUUUACCAAUUAUUAAUCGUCAUUUUAAUUUCUUCACAAAUAUUAUGUAUUAUAAUAACAAGUAUAUCAUACUUGAUCAAUUCACAAUUCAUUUUCCGUAACACCAAUACAAAUACCACUACAACUAACCCACUUACAAAUAAUAAUAAUGCUAAUAAUAGCAAUAAUAACAAUAAUAAUAACAACAAAAUCAGUUGGCAAUGGAGAAGUUUCUUUAUUGGAGCAAGUCCAUUCAUUUUUAUUGAAUUCUACAUCUUUUAUUUUGUAUUUGGUAUAAAAGUCAUCACUGUAUCAGCCACACAAAUAGCUUCGAUUUAUUAUUUUACAUUACUCAACGUUUUAUUCUCUUUAAUGUUGGGUUCAAUAAGUUACAUGGUUAAUCGUUGUCUAUUUGCAAUAAAUUAUAAUAAUAACAAUAACAAUUAUUUACACCUUAACGAUUGA